AGGUGCAACAUGUCGUGCUUCGCCCGAUCGAGCUAGAGAGGUUGUCCGUGCGCCUCUCGUCGAUCUCUCACGGUCCUAGUCCGCUCACCGCACAGUUUCGGCCUUCGUCGUGCUCGCACUCGCGUGUGGUCAGCGUCCGCGUUGACGUCCUAGCGCGAUUAUGACGUCGAUCCGCGAGUCGGUGUCGCGCGUAAUCGACGUUCCACCGUCGCGAAAGCGAACAUAACCCCCCCUCGAGAGAGACAAUGAACCGCCCUGUUCCUGGGACGUUCUCCUAAUUCGUAUGCGAAACGGCAGGGCUUGUGACGGCGCACGGACACAUCCGGUUGGUCCUUGACUGACGAGUCAACAUGGGAUUGCUGUUCGCGAAGCUUUGGAGCCUCUUCGGCAAUGAAGAGCAUAAAAUAGUCAUGGUCGGUUUGGAUAAUGCUGGGAAAACAACAAUAUUAUAUCAAUUUCUGAUGAACGAGGUAGUCCAUACAUCUCCGACCAUUGGGUCAAAUGUGGAGGAAGUUGUAUGGAAGAAUAUUCACUUUAUCAUGUGGGAUCUCGGCGGUCAGCAAAGUCUAAGAGCCGCUUGGUCUACAUAUUACACAAAUACUGAGUUUAUCAUCAUGGUCAUAGACAGCACUGAUCGGGAGAGACUUGGUGUGAUUAGGGAAGAGCUGUAUUCGAUGCUGAACCAUGAGGAAUUAAGCAAGGCUAAUGUUCUGGUUUAUGCCAACAAGCAAGACUUGAAGGGCAGCAUGACCGCAGCUGAGAUUUCAAGACAGUUAGACCUGACAUCUAUCAAAAAGCAUCAGUGGCAUAUACAGAGCUGUUGCGCUCUUACGGGAGAAGGGUUGUAUCAGGGAUUGGAAUGGAUCGUCGAACGUUUAAAAAAGACAUGACGUACAUUAUGAGAGUCAUUUAUAAGUCUAAUGAAAUAUCCAGAAUGUAAAAUAUGUUAUUAAGUUAAGUUAGUUCUGGUUACACACUUUGACGGUUAUACGAAAGAAGAGAGCGGCGUGAACUGUCGCAUUUUUGGUUAGUCAAUAUUUAAAUUUCCUGGUAUGACCCUCAAAGUGCAUUUGAUCACUUUAUUGCCGCAGCGAACACUUAAAGAACGGUGGACGGGUAAACCUUCCUUUUCAGCUAUCGCGCUUCUUUUGCAAUUUUGCAGAAGAAAAUUUAAUAUUACCAUUCAUCAUUAAAAGUCAAUUUUUUAGUGUGUAAUGUACUUGGUAUAGAGAUUAAGAAAGAAUGAAGAUAAAUGAAGAGAUGACAAGUUAUCAAACGCAGAUUAAAAGAAAGAUAACCAUUUUGCGCACCCAUGAGACAUGCAAAAUACACUUGAUUAAUUAUCAGUUAAAUGACCAUUAAAUAUGUUGAUAAAUACAUAGAUCAAUCAAUUUAUUAAAAGAGAGAGAAACAUCGAUUGUUUAUUGCAAAUUAUUUUAUUAUUGGAUUAUCAUUCAUCAUAAAAACGCGAGAUUUCUUAUCCCGUCCACCUCUGCAGUAAAACAAACAGUGAAAAAAAUAGACGAGAGAGGCAACUCGUUAUUUGUACUCGGUUGACAUAAUAGCGCAACGGAAGUGCAUCUGUGUAAAUAGUUUUUUAUACUUCUCGUUAAGAGAACGAGCUCUGUAAAAAAAGAAAAAAAAAAGAAAAGGGAAGAAACAUAACGCCGGCAGAUUUUACGAUGUUUCUGUAUGUAAAAAUCCGAGCAGAUUCAAGGUAACUCGACUGAUAAAAAUUUCCCAAAGCGAGUAUAUGAAACUGCUCUGUGAUAUGCGGAUUAAAUUCUGAGAUAUGUAGUUGUUUGCUGGGUAGAUCACGUAACAGAUAUGACUUACGUGACGUGCGAAACAAAAACAACGAAGGAUUGGUAGAUAGGCUGAUAAAGCUGAUAAAAGCUCGACGGGAGACUGAUGAUAUCCUUCAGCAUGCGACAUACGUAGUCUCGCGAUUGGUGAAUGGGAGCUUCAAAUCAAAAACUCGUCCACUUACUGAUUCGCUUAAUGAUCUCAAUCCGUUUUACUUUUCCCGACACAGUGAGGAAACUUAUAAGUUUAAUAUAUCUAAUUGAUAUAGCUCAUAAUUAUUGUAAGUGAAAUUAUUGUCUAAGGCGCAAAUUUUUAUUAAUUAUUUAAGGGAAUGCAUCUUCCAGUUCCAUUCACCCGCGGCUACUGUGUGCCGUCAGGAUGAUGGAUGAACGGGCAAGAGUCUGACACAAAGAAAUUUCCUUGUCCCCAACUUUGACAGCUGUCUCAUCUUUGUUUUUAUUUAAAUUGUAAAUGUAACUUCUGUCUUUAUCAUAUAGUGUUAAAUACUCCAAUAGGUAUAAUAUUAAUUAACUGUAGCUUUUAAAAGACAGGAAAUUGUUGAUGUGUGCUGAGAGAUUAAUGGGUUACACGCAAAGAUUUACUGGUAAGUACUGGUGUUUGAUAACAUCGUCGCGCAAGAAAGGAUAUAAUGCCGUCUAAUGCCAGAGUGAGAUCCUAACUUAAAGUUAAUUAACGCUAGCUUUCUCAUAUUGAGAAACAAGUUCUUAAAUGUUGAUGACAUAAGAGUUGUAUCUCCCGUGUACACAAUUAUUUGCUCCUCGAAAUUCUACGCGAGGCAUUAAGCCGAAUUUACACUGUCAAAUUUAUCCAUGGACGUGUCCGUCUCUCCCAAUUAACUGUAAUUGUGUAAAAAAAUUAUUUCUGGAAUGUAAAGUACAAGACAAGUAAGUUAAUUGUUUUUUGACGCAUGUCGAUAUUGGCAAAACAAGCGCGCGCAGAAAAAAAAUAUCGUAAUUUGUGCUGGUUUUGCAAAUUCUACACGGUCCAACCUGUCAAGAAUCUAUCGAAAUAACGAAAUUACAAAAGUUGAUCACUUUCGAUUUAUUGGUCUUAUCUAAUAAUUGUAUAAUAUAAGCCAGAAUUCUGUACGAUUUUAUCGAAUAAUAACAAAAGGCUAAAAAUAUGGAAUGUCAAAUAAAUUUAAUCAGUUUCUAUCAAUAA